AUGAGGGUGCUUGUGCUCGCCUUCACUGUGGCCUUUGCUGCGGCUAACCAGGUCAACUUUGCUCCAGAGUUUGCCACUGGAAAGUCCUACGUCUACAAAUAUGAGGCCUUUGUUAUGGGCGGCCUUCCUGAGGAGGGUCUGGCACGCGCUGGAGUUAAAGUCAUCAGCAAAGUUUUAAUCAGUGCUGAAAGUGCUGACACCUUCGUGCUGAAGCUUAUAGACCCGGAAAUCUUUGAGUACAGUAACAUCUGGCCCGAAGAUGCUUUCAUCCCAGCCACCAAGCUCACCUCAGCCCUGGCUGCUCAGCUCUCGACACCCAUCAAGUUUGAGUAUGUGAACGGUGUUGUCGGCAAAGUGUUUGCACCCGCUGGCGUCUCUGAAACUGUGCUGAAUGUCUUCAGAGGAAUCCUCAACAUCUUCCAGCUGAAUAUCAAGAAGACUCAGAACGUCUAUGAGCUGCAAGAGCCUGGAGUACAAGGUGUGUGCAAAACCCACUACAUCAUCAGUGAGGACGUAAAGGCUGACCGCAUCCUGUUGACCAAGACUAAGGACCUGAACCAUUGCCAGGAGAGAAUCAUUAAGGACAUCGGCUUGGCUUACACAGAGAGAUGUGCUGAGUGUGAGGCUAGAGGAAAGACCCUGAACGGAGCUACUGCUUUUAGCUACAUCAUGAAGCCAGCAGCCACAGGUUCUUUGAUCUUGGAGGCAACUGCUACAGAGCUCAUCCAGUUCUCACCUUUCAACAUCAUGAAUGGCGCUGCCCAGAUGGAGGCUAAGCAAAUCCUGACCUUCAUUGAGAUUGCGACGGACGCAGUGGAGCACAUCAGAGCUAAUGUUCCAUAUGUUCACCGUGGAUCCCUGCAGUACGUGUUUGACACCGAGCUUCUCCAGAUACCCAUCCAGCUUCUGAAGAUCAGCAAUGCCGAGGAACAGAUUGUUGAGAUUCUAAACCACCUGGUGACUUCCAAUGUGGCCAUGGUCCACGAAGAUGCCCCUCUGAAAUUCAUUGAGCUCAUCCAGCUGCUACGUGUGGCCAGAUUUGAGAGUAUUGAGGCCCUCUGGACUCGGUUCAAAGCUGAAGCCGAAUACAGGCACUGGAUCCUAAAUGCUGUCCCUGCCAUUGGUACUAUUGCUGCUUUGAAGUUCUUCAAGGAGAAGUUCCUCGCUGGGGAGUUGACUAUUGCCGAAGCUGCUCAAGCACUUCUGGCAUCUGUCCAAAUGGUGACAGCCGACCUGGAGGUUAUCAAGCUUGCAGAGGACCUGGCCAUGAACCCCAAGAUACAAAAAAACCCAGUUCUGCGUGAGAUUGCCAUGCUGGGCUACGGCACCCUGGUUGCUAAAUACUGUGCAGAGAACCCAACUUGCCCAGCUGAACUAGUGAGGCCCAUCCAUGAACUUCUUAACCAGGCUGUUGCCAGAGGUGAAAUUGAGGAGGUCAUUAUCACUCUCAAAGUCCUGGGUAAUGCUGGACAUCCUGCCAGCCUGAAGCCAAUCAUGAAGCUCCUGCCUGGCUUUGGAAGUGCUGCUGCUGGCCUGCCACACAGAGUUCACAUUGAUGCUGUUUUGGCCCUGAGGAACAUUGCUAAGAAGGAGCCCAAGAUGAUCCAGGAAAUGGCUCUUCAGCUGUUCAUGGACAAGGCUCUCCACCCAGAGCUACGAAUGGUUGCUGCUAUCGUAAUGUUUGAGACCAAGCUGCCAAUGGGUCUGGUGACUACUCUCGCCAAUGUCCUCUUGAAAGAAAAUAAUCUGCAGAUCGUUAGCUUUGUCUACUCCUACAUGAAAGCCAUGACCAAGAACACCGCUCCUGAUUUUACCUCUGUUGCUGCUGCCUGUAACGUUGCUGUGAAGAUCCUUAGCCCCAAAUUUGACAGAAUGAGCUAUCGCUUCAGCAGAACUUUCUAUUUAGAUACCUACCACAACCCCUUGAUGAUGGGUGCUGCUGCUAGCGCCUUCUAUGUUAACAAUGCUGCAACUCUUUUUCCAAGAGCCAUUGUGGCCAAAGCUCGCACCUACUUUGCAGGAGCUUAUGCUGAUGUCCUUGAGAUUGGAGUAAGAACUGAGGGAAUGCAGGAGGCCCUUCUGAAAAUACAAAAGUCUCCAGAGAAUGCUGACAGGAUGACGAAGAUGAAACAAGUUAUAAAGGCUCUUUCUGAGUGGAGGGCUCAUCCUUCCAGCCAGCCCCUGGCCUCUGUGUAUGUGAAAUUCUUUGGACAGGAAAUCGCAUUUGCCAACAUUGACAAAGCCAUUAUUGAUCAGAUUAUUGAGCUUGCCAGUGGACCAGCAAUCCACACUUAUGGCAGGAAUGCUUUGAAUGCUGUGAUGUCUGGGUUCGCAUUUCAUUUCACAAAACCACUGCUGGUUGCUGAGGUUCGUCGCAUCUUUCCCACCACCAUUGGUCUGCCCAUGGAGCUCAGUUUCUAUACUGCUGCUGUGGCUGCUGCCUCUGUUGAACUCCAAGCCACUGUGACACCACCUCUGCCUGCGGACUUCCAUGUUGCCCAGCUUCUGAAGUCUGACAUCAACAUCAGGGCUGCCAUUACUUCAAGUGUGUCCAUGCAUACCUACGCAGUUAUGGGAGUGAAUACUGCUUUCGUCCAGGCUACCCUGAUGUCAAAAGCCAGAGUUCACACAAUUGUUCCUGCAAAGAUGGAAGCAAGAAUUAACAUGAUUAAGGGGAACUUCCAGCUGCAGUUCCUGCCUGUUCAGGGCAUCGAUAAGAUUGCAACUGUAUUUGUUGAUACUAUUGCUGUUGCAAGAAAUGUGGAAGAUCUUGCAGCUGCCAAAAUCACACCAGUGGUUCCAGCUGAAGUUGCAGCAAAGACAUCAAGGGAAACCUUUUCUUCAAAGAUUUCAAGGAUAGCAUCCUCUCUGGCUGGUGAUAUGUCAGUGUCAUCUGAAAUCCUUCCUGUUGACCUGCCAAGUAGAAUUGUCCCCAAGGCCUUUGAAAAGAGAAUGUGUACUGUAAUCAAAACCUUUGGAAUCAAGGCCUGCACUGAGAUUGAAUCUCGCAACGCAGCCUUCAUCAAAAACUGCCCACUCUACACCAUAAUUGGAAAACAUGCGGUCAUUGUUGAGGUUGCUCCAGAUGCCGGACCAGUCAUCGAGAAGAUUGAAAUUGAGGUUCAGGUUGGAGAUAAGGCAGCAGAAAAGAUCCUCAAAGUGAUUAACCAGAGUGAGGAAGAGGAAAUAAUUGAGGACAAAAACGUCCUGAUGAAACUCAAGAAAAUCCUGGUUCCUGGUCUGAAGAACUCCAGCUCAAGCAGCUCCUCCUCCGCAUCAUCCAAGUCCUCCUCCAGCUCCUCCUCCAGCUCCUCCUCCAGCUCCUCCUCCAGCUCCUCCUCCAGAUCCUCCUCCAGCUCCUCCUCCAGCUCCUCCUCCAGCUCCUCCUCCAGAUCCUCCUCCAGCUCCUCCUCUCGCUCCAAGAGCAAGGUAGUCGGCAAGGCAUCAAAGAGACUGAGCAGCUCCUCCAGCGCACGCUCCAGCAGUGCUUCAAGCAGCCAGUCUUCUCUCGUGUCCAGCAGCUCCAGCUCCAGCUCCAGCUCCAGCUCCUCCAGGUCCAGAUCAUUGUCCAAGCAACAACUGUAUGAAAUGAAGUUUAUGAAGAACCACAUCCACCAGCAUGCCCUCUCCACAGCCCGUGCCAACAGCAAGAGCAGUGCCUACAGCUUCGAGACCAUCUACAAUAAGGCCAAGUACCUCUCUAAUGCUCUCGAUCCUGUUGUGACUAUUCUCAUCCGUGCCGUGAGAGCUGACCACAAGGUUCAGGGAUACCAGAUUACAGCUUACUUUGACAGAGCUACUGCCAGACUUCAGAUCAUUUUUGCCAACCUGGAUGAGAAUGACAACUGGAGAAUCUGUGCCGAUGGUGUGAUGCUGAGCAACCACAAGCUGAUGGCCAAGAUUGCCUGGGGCAUUGAGUGCAAACAAUACAAGACUGAGAUCACGGCUGAGACUGGUCUUGUGGGUAAAGACCCUGCAGUCGGUGUUAAGGUUGCCUGGGACAAACUUCCAAAGAGAAUGAUGCGCUAUGCAAAAAGGAUCUUUCAGUACAUUUCCUGCAACGCUAUGGAAUAUGGAAUAAGCCUGGUAAAGGCCAAAAAUGUUCGUAAUCAGAUCAGACUGUGUGUGGUUGCUGCUUCUGAGACAAGCCUGAAUGUUGUGCUGAAGACACCAAAGAGGACAUUAUACAAAUUUGGUGUGGCUCUCCCUAUUGCUCUGCCAAUUGGUGACACUGCUGCUGAGCUAGAAUCCUACCAAAGCAAUUGGGCUGACAAGAUCUCCUACAUGCUCACCAAGGCUCAUGCAGCUGAGUGUUCCAUGGUCAAAGACACAGUGAUCACAUUCAACAACAGGAAAUACAAGAACGAGAUGCCCCACUCUUGCUCCCAGGUGUUGGCUCAGGAUUGUACCCCGGAACUUAAAUUCAUUGUUCUGCUGAAGAGGGAUCAACCAGAGGAACAGAACCAGAUCAAUGUGAAGAUCGGAAACAUUGAUGUGGACCUGCAGCCGAAGGGCAGUGUUAUCAUAGUGAAGGUUAACGGAGUAGAAAUCCCUAUCAGCAACCUGCCAUAUCAGCAUCCCACAGGCAAAAUUCAGAUCAGACAGAGAGGUGAGGGCAUUGCGCUCCAUGCUCCCAGUCAUGGUCUCCAGGAGGUCUACAUUGAUCUGAACGAGCUGAAGGUCAAAAUUGUGGACUGGAUGAGAGGACAGACAUGUGGACUCUGUGGAAAGGCUGAUGGCGAAAUCAGACAGGAGUACCGCACACCCAACGAACGCCUGACCAAGAACGCAGUCAGCUACGCUCAUUCCUGGGUUCUGUCUGGAAAGAGCUGCCGGGAUGCCUCUGAGUGUUACAUGAAGCUUCAAUCUGUGAAGCUGGAGAAGCAGGUGAUCCUCCAUGGCCAAGAGUCCAAAUGCUACUCUGUUGAGCCUGUGCUGCGCUGCCUGGCCGGCUGCAUGCCUGUGAGGACAACGACUGCCACUGUUGGCUACCACUGCCUGCCCACUAAUUCUAACCUGAACGUCUAUGAGGGUCUGAGCAGCAUCUACGAGAAGAGCAUUGACCUGAUCGAAACAGCAGAAGCCCACCUGGCCUGUCGCUGCGCUGCUCAGUGCGCUUAAUCUCAUGUUCUUCAGUCAUAUUAAGUUUACUUUUUGUUUCAUACAAGUAUUUUGAAAUACUUUGUUUGAACUGUAAAUUUCAAUAAAUUGCAGACCGGA